CACGGCUACCACCACUACCGGUGCAACGGCUGGUUCACGCGCUCGCGUCAACGGGGCGAACCUCUACACGGAUGCCGGCUUCGAGUCUCAACGCGGAGGCGCUGGGGUUAUGGAGUCUACCCACUUCGAUUGGUAUGCGGUUGCACAGUGGUUGUGUGCUUACAGAUCAGUAUUGGAAUUUGGGGAACUGGUUCGCGGCCAACUGCAGUGGUCGCGAUUCCGACGCCAGCUACGACAUGACGCGCCGUCGCCGAGAGGCUGCUGGAGACAGGCUCAGUGAUGGAGGUGACGGGUAUCCUUUUGGAGAGUCACUUCUUCCGGUUCCGUGCCGGAUUCCAGUCCACCUCGGGCCUUUAGAGGUCCACUCUCUUGUGGAUUGCGGCAGUGCUUUGGAUGCCGUCGACAAAGAUCUGUCUCGGUUGCAGAGCCAGAGCGGGAACCAUUCGUUCCGCGAGCGCCAGGUAAUCGACAAAGAGGAAAUCGGCGGUUUCACGACCGACAUGGCGAAGGUCACGGAGUGCGAGAGCGACCGGGCGGCGACAGUCAAGGGGCGCAAGACGGAGGACGGGAAGCCGGACAUGCUGGAUUUGCUCAUCACGUUCAACGAGUGUUCUGGCCCAGGUGACUUUCUCAUCUUCGGCACGCGGGCAUCGGAUUCCGACUUCGGCUGCGAGUUUCGCCGCUCUUGCGUGCACUUGCUCGGCCGGUUCGUGGACCGAGUCUUUCCGCCGCAGCGGCCUGGCCGACGCGAGGCCACUGCUUCUUUGCAUUCGCGCGUCCCCGGCGGGCGCGCCGGGCCUGGCGGGCGCGCCGGGCCGCCGAGCGCAUCCAGGCCGUUACCGCCAAUCGAGAUUUCGGACACCGGUUGGGCGGAUGUCGCUGCCACCCUUGGCGGGGCCGAGGCGGGGGCGCAGGGCAUGCGCGGGCCAUUGUGGUGCGAGGGAAUUGGCCAAGAGGGAGAGUUCGACGCGCCGGAGUAUGACCGGACCUCCGACGAGCAUCGUGAUCUUCUUUGCCAGAUUGUCCGGGACAAGAAGCUGGCCCCAGACAAGCUCUUGGAUGCGAUCUGCGAGCGCGCGAUCAGGCCUGCGUCUGAUUGCCCAUGGGCAGAAGGCGCUCCCACGCCCAAAAUCCGCGGGUACCAGGCCCACGUCGAGAUGAAGCCGGGAGCUAUGGGCACGGCCAGACAACCAUGCACGAUGUCCAAGUUUAACGAGGCCCGCAUUUCGCACCACAUCGAGGAGCAGAUCAUAGACGGCAAGCUCCGCGAGUGGACCCGUGAUGACCCUAUGCCGCCUAUGGUGACACCCCUUUUCAUGGUUGAACGGAAGGGUUCUCUACUUGGGCGCAUGGUUGGUGAUUACACGUGCUACAACAAGGCCGCGGAGGACGUCUUUUGGCCAGCUCCAGACGCGGAGUCGGUGCUCCUGCGCGCCAUGGGCAAGGGAUGCCACGCCGUGUUUGGACCGAAGCAGGCGCCGGCCAUCUACCAGCGCAUCCAAGAGAGCACAAUCGGAUCGGAGUACAAACCUACCGGCGAGAAGCUGGCAGACGUCUUCUUCGAUGACACGCACGUCUCCGAUUGGGUUUUGGAGGAGCACAUCUCGUCGCUACUUCAACUCUUCGCACGAGCACGAGAGAACGGCAUACAAUACAGACUGGAGAAGCGUCGAUUUGGAUUCGCCGAGACGUUGCUCAUAGGCGGUGCAGAUUUCACGGGCUACGCCGCGGACGCGGAGGCCCAGGCAUCCAGGGCGCGGUUAAUCGAGACGCUGAUCGAGCAGGUCGUUUUGGCCACGCCGGACUGGGAAGCAGCAGCGCGGCCCUGCGAGAGCGGCAGACCAUUCGAGCUGCACUUGGACGCGAGCGACGUCGCGCGGGCCGCUGUUCUAUGUCAGCGUGACUCGCCCGGCGGCGCGCCGCGAGUCAUCGGGGUGGUCGCUCGUUCGUUCGAGGACGUGGCCACGAGGUGGUCAGCUUUCGAGCGGGAGUUCUUCGCGCGGAAGGAGGGCGUCGCCGCGACGCCGGUUCGGGACUUCAUCGAGAAGCUGUUCGCCCACCCGGGCGACCUGCCGCAGAAAAUCGAGCAGCGAAGACGGGGCAUGGGAUUGGAACCUUGGGCUGCUGCACCGCCAGACCGCGGAGCACAGCAGCGUGGCGACGCCCAGUUCGUCACGGGGCCAUUUGAUUGGUGUCCGGCUUCGCCCCCAGAGCCUGCGGAGCCGCCGCCAGCGCCUCGACGACCUCCUCGGUUCGCAGGCGCGGCGCCCGUCGUGGAGGAGGGGCCGCCGCAGGCGCCAGCUGGCCACCAAGCGCCCCCUCGACCUCCUGGCGGGCCCGCCGGGAUGGGCGAGGUGCAGCCCGCUGCCGCAGCGCCCCUCCGACCGCCUGGCGGGCUCGCCGGGGUGGGCGAAAUUCAGGCCGCCGCGUCGCCCCUCCGACCGCCUGGCGGGCGCGCCGGGAUGGGCGGAGCGCAGCCGGCCGCCGACGCGCCCCCUCGACUGCCUGGCGGGCACGCCGGGCCAGACGAGGUGCAACAGCUUGCCGCGGAAGCGCCUGAUCGCCCUGGCGGUCGCGCCGUGCCGGCGCCGUCUACGCCGAGCUCGCCGACUACAACGGAGACGCUGCUUUCCGACAUCCCCGCGUACAUGGGGGGGCACAUGGGCCGCGCGGUUGCGCAGCUCAGGCGGCGCGACCGGGACCUCGUGGACAUCGGCGGGACGUUCGGCAGGCCUUUCUGGGAGGUGGGCUCCGGCGACGAGAUCCUGACGCGGCGCGUCCGCGAGAAGGGCCUCACCGUGAUGGGCCCCGUGGACAAGAAGGCCGGCUGGGAUUGGACGCGCCGCUCUGACACGCAGCGUUUGCUCAGCAUGAUCAGGGAAGAGAGGGCGUGCGCACGGAUUCACACGACGCCUGGUUUCUUCUUCGUGGACCUCGACGGGCGCAGGCACGGCAUGGUGGCCACAGGCGCGGACGCGUUGCUCCGGAAGUCUUGGAGAUGGUUGACCAGUGCGCCUUGGCCAUGGCCUCUGGCCAUGCGGUGCGCGGGAGGCCGCGAGCAGGCGAAGGUGGAGGGGCGUCUGACCACGGCUACGGCCGCGCACCCACGGCAAUUUGGCGUUGCUUACGCCGCGUGCCUCGCUAAGGCCCCGGAGUUCUCGGCCACCCUCCGCACCGCGCUCGCGCCCUGCCGCCGCCAGAAGCAGGGCGCCCAGGCGAUGCGGCGCAGCGCGCUCGACGGCACGCAUCCGGAUUGGCCCUUGGGCGCGACCGCUGGCGAGCUCGACGUUUCCAGACGGAUGGCGCCCAUGCGCGGGGCAGACCGCUACCUGGGCGCCGACGCGGGCGAGAUCUACGCGCGCCAGCGCGAACACCUCGCUGCCCAGAAGAUUCCGGCGACGAAGAUCUCGGGGAAAGGCAGAGCAGCCGGAUUGGCUUUCACCGCUUAUGCGGCUACACGCGAAGGUGGCGGUGGAUUCGGCAGGUUCGGCGCUGGGGUCGUGAAGCCUACGGGGCACCGCGGGGGCGCGCGGAACGAGUUCGAGGUCCCGGACGUCGACUGCGUGAGCUCUCUCGCGACGUGGCGCCCCGAUUUCGUGACAUGUGUCCCCGGGGACGUCUAUUGUUGGAACGCCAUUGUGGUGCGCGAAGAGCCUGGGCGGAUCGGGUCGAAUCGCGAUGGGAUCUUGUACGAUUUGCGCGACCAGGUGGAGAAGUACGCCAAGACCCUCGCCGGGUCCGCCGACACGCGCGACGGUUUGCGGUCUGGCCGCCUUUUCGGUUACCGGGCCGGAGUCUUUCUGGAGCCAUCGGAGACCACGGAGAAAUGGUUGAACUUGGCUAUACGAUAUUUUUGGUCAGGAGACAAUUGGGCGGACCAGAAGCCAAUCGCGGCCGUCACCGUGUACAGGGGCAUCAAGCAGCUCGACGUUUCCGACUGCAAGUACACCGGUCUCUUGAUGUGGGAGUUGGAAUCCGGCAUCGCUGGCGAGUAUCAUGUGGGCGACGCUUGGCUGCAAG